CCGAUUGAAGCCGCUGAAAGCAACCCAGGUCCCGUCCAUUGCAAGUUUCAACCACUAACUCGAGGUGAAAACAAGAUUAGGGGAACCAGGGACUCAGGGAGCGUUCAUUUACCCCAUGAGAUAAACAGAGCCUUGGAUAUAAAACAAAGCUCCAUUCACAGCCCCAUUCCCUACUGCCAAGUGGGCUCUGCAAUUGGAGGAAAGAGACAGGUCGAAAACGAUUAAAACAUAGGUGAGAGAGAGAGAGAGAGAGAGAGAGAGAGUAGGGCUCACAAGAAAAAGAAAGAGCUUGCGGUCAGGCGAAGAGCAGCUGCUGCGGAGCCCAACAAGGGAAUUCUUGAGAACAGAGAAGAGGAAGAGUGAGGAAGCAAUUGCAGUCAGAUAUCUUAUGAUGUAACCCUUAUGGAUGAUGAGGGUAUUUUGAAGGGUGACAAACUUAUAUUGAGGGGUCUGAAGUUUCAUGGUUUUCAUGGGGUUGAAGCAGAAGAGAGGAAGUUGGGCCAGAAGUUCUUGGUAGAUGUGGAUGCAUGGUUAGAUCUCCGUGCAGCCGGUAAAUCUGACCAGUUAACUGACUCAGUCUCUUAUGCUGAAAUUUACGACAUUGUUAAGGAAGCCAUGGAGGGAUCUCCCCACCAACUUGUGGAGUCUCUGGCCCAGCUCAUUGCAUGCACCACACUUGCAAAAUUCCCUCAGAUAUCUGCUGUCCGAGUGAAAGUUGGGAAACCUCAUGUUGCUGUUUAUGGCACUGUUGAUUAUUUGGGUGUCGAGAUUGUUAGAUACAGAAGCAUUGAUGUAGAAAAGUGAGCCUUUUAAGGUUUGUUUGGGUUAUUAAUACUAUGUUGGUUAUUUCAAUGGAGGGACUUUUUUUUUUUUGGAUGAAUUAAUGGGAGGGACCUUGUUCUGUGAUGUA